GCGCGAGUGUGGGUGCAUAGACAAAAGCAAAACGCAACAGAAAAGCAACGAUAACCGAGAAAGGCAAAAGCGCCAUUAAAUUCCUCUGCACCACUCCACCCCCGCCAAACCCCAUUUACUACUCUCUCUCUCUCUCUCUCUCUGUGUGAUGGUGUUGCAGGCUUUGAGAUUGUGAGUGCCACAAAGGCGCAGAGAGACAGGUUGGCGAUAUGGGCGACGGUAUGCGAGCGAGAGAGGCCACAUGCUCCUCCUCCGCGGCGCCUCACCAGCCCGACGAAAUCUCGCUCUUCCUCCGCCAGGUCCUCCAGCGUUCGGGCCGGAGGGCGGCGGAGCACCCCGGGCCCCCGUUCGUCGACGGCGGCUGCUGCGGCGGCGGCGGCGGCGGGAUCUCGUCCGUCGGUUCGUCCGACGGGGUCAACAGCUUCUCCGCCUCCGCUGCUUCGGGCGGCGGCGGGUUCCUCGCGGGUAAUGCGAGGCUCAGUGCGGUUGCCGCCGCCGCCGCUUCGUCUUCCGUUGGGGCCAGCGAGAAUGAAGCUGAUGAUUACGACUGCGAAAGCGAGGGACUCGAAGCGUUGCUGGAGGAAGUUCCUGCCAAGCCAAAUCCAUCUCGUAGCUCGUCCAAGCGAAGCAGGACAGCUGAAGUUCAUAAUUUGUCGGAAAAGAGGAGGAGGAGCAGAAUCAAUGAGAAAAUGAAAGCAUUGCAGAGUCUAAUUCCUAAUUCUAACAAGACUGACAAGGCAUCAAUGCUGGAUGAAGCCAUUGAGUACCUUAAGCAGCUCCAGCUCCAAGUUCAGAUGUUAUCGAUGAGGAACGGAUUAAGUUUGCAUCCGAUGUGCUUACCCGGGUCCGUGCACCCCAUUCAACUUCCCCAGAUGAGAAUAGGCUUUGAUGAGGAAAAUGGCCCCCUGCAUAUGAACAUGGCACCUACCUUUCCAGUCAACAAUGAAACCUCGACUGAAACUGCGUUUGGUCUACCCAAUGAUCGUGCUGUUCCAAGCGAGCCUUCCAUGUCAAAUAUGAUGAACUCAGGAAUUUCUUUUGGAUUGGAAUCCUCCAUCCAAACACAUCGUGUACCAUUUCAACUCAAGCAAUCAACUUCUGGGGACAUUAAUCGGGAAGAUGUGGCUCCACAUGGCCGGCAUCAACCUUCAAUUAUUGACCAAUCUGAUGCAGAUCCAUUCGGACCUGAGAUGGGCGAAACAGCUGCGCAGUCACUUCCCUUGGCUUCGCUAACAUCUAAUAGGAAAGGUGGGUUGCUAGAGUCAUCCGCAGCCAGUAGCGAUCGUCCUUAAGUUGGAAUUCUCUAGACGGUGAAGUCAAAAGAAGAAAAGGGAUGACUCUUUGCAUUAGCUGCUAAUGAAUUUGGUGUGGAACAAACUUUGCAAUCUUCCGUCAAUUUCUUAAGGAGCUAAGUGGAGUUAUGGUUGAGAUGGAAUUGGUCUUCCACAUAUGAGACUUGUCCAUAGAAAUUAUUGGUUGGGCCUCAGCAGUCUGUAUCGUUUGGGUCAAGUAAUUGACAUCAUAUAUCUCUUAAGUUCUUUUUUUCUCCCUUUUUGGGUGAUAGAGAUCUUCUAUCUCUAUCCUCUAAGGUUAGCAUACAUUGUUCACUGACCUCUAUGUAAUUUAUAUGAAGAGUUCUAUGAUUACUCUGGAGGAAUGUUGUUGGUACUUGAAAUACAAUUGACCCACAAGGACAUUGUGUCAAAACCCAAUUUCCUAGAAGUUCCAUCUUUCUAGGAUGGAAAUUGCAGUGUUUUUAAUCUAAA